AGGUUUCCUCCUGAGUCAGGCAGUGGAGAAAAAGAAGGGAAAGGAUCUCUUUGCAGAAAUGGGCCUGGAUUCGUCUGAGGCACAGAAGACUCUGUUGGACACCAGAAAUUGGCUGCUGCGUGACCAGAUGAUGCCAGCAAGACCUCCUCAUCCCUCUAUUCAUGGUGAAGGAGAAGCAAUGACUGCGGAACCAGAUCAGGGUCCUCUGUGCUUUGAAGAUAUCACAGUUCAUUUCACAGAGGAGGAAUGGGCGUUGCUGGAUCCUGACCAGAGAGCUCUACACCAAGAAGUCAUGGAGGAGAAUCGUGACAUCAUGGCCUCUCUUGGCAGUGAUAAAUUGGAAAUUAAGAACAGAAGAGACCAUGACAAGAUCUAUACAUUGGAGAUGCCAUAUCAAUAUUUGGAGUGUGGAAAGAGCUUCCGUAAGAGCGGCCCUCUCACUUCCCAACCAACAAUUCACAGCAGGGAGAAACUAUAUCAGUGUCUGGAGUGUGGAAAGACCUUCCGUCGGAACUCGCAUCUCACAACCCAUCAGAGCAUUCACACAGGGAAGAAACCUCAUCAGUGCAUGGAAUGUGGGAAAAGCUUCAGUCAAAGGUCCCAUUACACAUGCCAUCAAAGAAUUCAUACAGGAGAGAAACCCUAUCAGUGCCUGGAAUGUGGAAAGAGCUUUGGUCGGAAGUACAGUCUCACGUCCCAUGAAAGAAUUCAUACAGGGGAGAAACCACAUCAGUGUCUGGAAUGUGGAAAGAGUUUAACCAGGAAGAAAUAUCUCACAGCCCAUCAAAGAAUUCAUACAGGGGAGAAAUCCUAUCAGUGCAUGGAAUGUGGAAAGAGCUUCAGCAAGAGAGCCCAUUUCACGUCCCAUCAGAGAAUUCAUACAGGGGAGAAGCCCUACCAGUGCUUGCAAUGCGGAAAAAGCUUCAUUCGGAAGGGCUUUCUCACUUCCCAUCAAAGAAUUCAUACCGAGAAGAAACUACACCAGUGCCUGGAAUGUGGGAAGAUUUUCACCGUGAAGAAAAGUCUCGCUUCCCAUCAGAGAAUUCAUACAGGAGAGAAGCCCUACCAGUGCUUGGAAUGUGGGAUGAGCUUCGCGUGGAAGGACAGAUUCACUGCCCAUCAAAGCAUUCAUACAGGGGAGAAACCGUAUCUGUGUGCAGAAUGCGGAAAGAGCUUCUGUCACAGGGCCCAUUUCACUUCCCAUCAGAGAAUCCACACUGGGGAGAAACCCUAUCAGUGCUUGGAAUGCGGAAAGAGCUUCAGUCGGAAAGACAGUCUCACUUCCCACCAAAGAAUUCAUACAGGAGAGAAACCACAUCAGUGCUUCGUAUGUGGAAAGAGCUUCAGUCAGAGGUCCAAUCUCACUUCCCACCAAAGAACUCACAGUGGGGAGAAACCGUAUCAGUGUCUGGAAUGUGGGAAGAGCUUCCGGAAGAGGGCCAAUCUAAUUUCCCAUCAAAGAAUUCACAGCAAAGAGAAACCAUAUCAGUGCUUGGAAUGUGGAAAGAGCUUCAGUCUGAGCACCCAUCUCACUUCUCAUGAAAGAAUUCACAGUGGGGAGAAACCAUAUCAGUGCUCAGAAUGUGGAAACAGCUUUAAUUCCAAGAGAAGUCUCACAUCCCAUCAAAGGAUUCAUACAGGAGAUAAACCCUAUCAGUGCUUGGAAUGUGGAAAGAGCUUCAGCUGGAAGGAAAGUCUCACUGCACAUGGAAGAAUUCACACAGGGGAGGAACCAUUUAAGUGCAUGGAAUGUGGAAACAGCUUCAAUUCUGAGAGGAGUCUCAUUUCUCAUCAAAGAAUUCAUACAGGUGAGAAACCCUACCAGUGCUUGGAAUGUGGAAAGAGCUUCAGUCAGAGGGCCAAUCUCACUUUCCAUCAAAGAAUUCAUACAGGGGAGAAACCCUAUCAGUGCAUGGAAUGCGGAAAGAGCUUCAGUCAGAGGGCCAAUCUCACGGCCCAUCAAAGAAUUCAUACAGGGGAGAAGCCCUAUCAGUGCAUGGAAUGCGGAAAAAGCUUCAGUCACAGGGCCCAUCUCACUUCCCAUCAAAGAAUUCACACAGGGGAGAAGCCCUAUCAGUGUGUGGAAUGCAGAAAGAGCUUCAGUCGGAAGGAAAGUCUCACCUCCCAUCAAAGAAUCCAUACAGGAGAGAAACCAUAUCAUUGCAUGGAAUGUGGAAAGAGCUUUAAUGCAAGCACAAAUUUCCAUCAACAUCAGAGAAUUCAUCGUGGGGAGAAACCAUUUCAGUGCCUAGAGUGUGGAAAGAGCUUCAGUCAGAAGGAAAGGCUCAUUUCCCAUCAAAGAAUUCAUACAGGGGAGAAACCAUUUCAGUGCAUGGAAUGUGGAAAGACCUUCACAUGGAAGGACAGUCUGACUUCUCAUCAAAGAAUUCAUACAGGGGAGAAGCCACAUCAGUGCUUGGAAUGUGGAAAGAGUUUCAGUCGGAACUCAAAUCUCGUUUCUCAUCAAAGAACUCACAGCGGGGAGAAACCAUUUCAGUGCAUGGAAUGUGGAAAGAGCUUUGCCUGGAAGGAAAGUCUCACUUCCCAUCAAGCAAUUCAUACAGGAGAGAAGCCCUAUCAGUGCUUGGAAUGUGGAAAGAGCUUCAGGAAGAGAGCCAAUCUCACUUCCCAUCAAAGAACUCACAGUGGGGAGAACCAUAGAAUUGUAGAGUUGGAAGGCACCCUGAUUAUCAUCUAGUCCAACCUCUGUUUACAGACCUUCAAGGAUAGAGAAACCACCAUCUUCCAAGGGAGUCUGUUCCACUGUUGAAGAGCUCUUAAUCACACCGCCUCUCUAACAAGACUCUCAGAAAAUGAGCACCCAUGUGGGUCUGCUUAAAGUUUGGGUGCGACAUUCUGGUGUUUGCAUUUGAAGUUCCACACACAUGUAUCAAAAUAAUUGAUGUAAUAAUGGUAACUACAGUGUAAUAGUAGAUUUAAUGUUAGCUAGGGGUGGGGAUAGCAUGAAUUUGGAAUGCUGGGGUGAGUGGUGACUGGCUGAGAGUUUGAAAAGGGGGUUGAAUAGAAUAAUUGAAUCAUCAAUACAAUAAGCAAAUACAAUAAGCAACAUAAAUAGCAAAAGUUGUGAUAAAUAGUAAAUAAAAAAAGCACAACCAAACUGAACAAUUUCCAUAUAAAUCACAGCAAAAUCUAAAAUAAAGAUACAA